UCAUGUCGAGAGAACAUGGAGAAGAAGCACUUUGGACAGUCAAAAGUUGGAUGUGGGAUUAUUUUUCGAUAAAAGAAGACAGUAUAAGUAUAUCCGUAUGCGAUAUUUGUGGUGCAGAAAGGAACCAUUCAAAGCAUACAGACGAUAUAAAAAAAAUGAAUAGUCAUUUAUCUACUAAGCAUAACGAAUUUUAUGAGAACAUUUUUAACAAAAAAAGAAUCGUUUGGGACUCGCAUUUCGAAAGGGUGCCAUGCUCAACUAGUAAACAUAGUACAAGAAGCAUUAAUAUAAAGUGCAAACUAUGUCAGCCAGAUGAUCCAUAUGAGACAGAGCUUCGAAUAUUCGUAACACCCAAACCUAUGGAAACACAUUUAAAAAAAGAUCAUAACGUUACGGAAAGUAAAUGGGAAUGUCUUCGAAACUGGCGAGACAGGAACUUAACCAAAAAGUAUUAUAAACUGAUUCAGGAAGAGGGACAAUUGAUCAAAAGAACAAAACAGUGUAAGAAAUGUAAACAUGAGUUUCAACGUAGUAAUCUGUGCAUCAUGCUAAACCAUUUGAUCCAAUAUCAUGAUUCCGAGAUUACCUUCGGAUUACUUCCGGAUAAAAUACGUUUACCUUUGGAUAUAUUACCAAAAGGAUUCAACACAAAUCCAUCGAAUGAUCCUGUAGAUCCUGUAGAUCCUGUAGAUCCUGCAAAUCCUGUAGAUCCUGCAAAUCCUGUAGAUCCUGUAGAUCCUGUAAAUCCUAUAGAUCCUGAUAUUGCAUCGAGCAGCAAUCCAAAGCCAUCGAGCAGUAAUCAAGGGCCAUCAUCAUCUGGCCAAUCUAAUCCCUCCAAAAUGAGGCAAGAAACUGACAGUUCCAUGAAUAUUUGGCAAAUAAAAUAUGCUGCCGUGAAUCCACAUUCACCAACAUCUGACAGCAGCCUUUCUGAUAUCAGCCUUCCAGAACGUGCCAGUAAACGCCGUAAAAUCAGUCAUAAUACAAGCAGUGACGAAGAUGAUAAGUGAUAUUGCACGAAGCAACACCAUACAUCGCUUCAACGUCUACACACACAAGUUCGGUCUCUAGAUUUGAUUUCUGAUACUUUGUAUCAUUACAUUGUAAUCGAGAUACUCGAUGUUCUCCUGUUUAUAUCAUUGAAAGUAUUGAUAAAAACAAUGAAAACAAUGAAAAAAAUUUUUAACUAAUAAUUCAAACCAUUGACAUCUGAAUAGAUAGACGGAACAUUAGCUAUCGAUUAAGACGAGAAGAGCUUUGAUAAUCGCGGUAAUGGGGAACUCUAUGAACUUCGGUUGAAUUAGAUUAUUCCCGAUAAUGAUCAAUUAAUAAUUCGACUCCAACUUCUUUCAUUAAUAUAUAUCAAAUAAACAAAAUAAAUAA